AUGGCCAGAACCAAGCAGACAGCCCGUAAGUCCACCGGCGGGAAAGCUCCCCGCAAGCAGCUGGCCACUAAGGCCGCCAGGAAGAGCGCCCCCGCCACUGGCGGAGUCAAGAAGCCUCACCGCUACCGGCCCGGGACCGUCGCUCUCCGGGAGAUCCGGCGCUACCAGAAGUCCACCGAGCUGCUCAUCCGGAAGCUGCCCUUCCAGCGCCUGGUGAGAGAGAUCGCCCAGGACUUCAAGACCGACCUUCGCUUCCAGAGCUCGGCCGUCAUGGCCCUGCAGGAGGCCAGCGAGGCUUACCUGGUCGGGCUCUUCGAGGACACCAACCUCUGCGCCAUCCACGCCAAGCGGGUCACCAUCAUGCCCAAGGAUAUCCAGCUGGCCCGCAGGAUCCGAGGGGAGAGGGCUUAGAUCUGCGCCCCGCACCCAACAAAGGCUCUUCUCAGAGCCACCACCUCCUCCAGAGACGAGCUCCACUCCGCCCUUCAUCCUCCACCUCUGCUCACAGGAGGCGGGUUAA